UUUGUUUUAUUGAAAAGCAGCAUAUCAAAUACCAUCAUUACAUGUGUGGCUUAUUAUAAAGUAAUUAAAGUGCAAUGGGUUGUUAUAGAAUUGCACUUGUAGCCAUAGUUUCAUUCCUUCUUUUGAUCCAAAAUACACAAGGGUGGGGAGAUGAUGGACAUGCCAUUGUUUGUAAGAUUGCUCAGGCUCGCCUAAGCAAUACAGCUGCUAAGGCUGUGAAAAAAUUGUUGCCAGAAUCUGCAAACAAUGAUUUAUCUAGCAAGUGUUCAUGGGCAGAUCAUGUGAGGUUUAUCUUUCAGUGGUCUUCCCCUCUACACUUUGCUGAUACACCUGACAAUGUUUGCACUUACAAGGACAAAAGGGAUUGUAUAGAUCAUAAAACUGGAACAAAGGGGCGAUGUGUCGUGGCCGCGAUAAGCAAUUACACUACACAGCUCCUGGACUAUGGCAGUGACAUUGAAUCUAAAUAUAACCUCACCCAAGCUCUUCUAUUCCUUUCACAUUUUAUGGGAGAUAUCCAUCAGCCUCUACAUUGUGGCUUUGUUUCGGACAAAGGAGGCAAUGAAAUUACUGUUCGUUGGUACAAAAGAAAACAAAAUCUUCAUCAUGUUUGGGAUGUUAGCAUAAUUGAGACAGAAGUUGAAAGAUUCUAUGACUCAGAACUAAGCGAGUUCGUUGAUGCAAUUCAACAAAAUAUCACGAGAGAAUGGGCUGAUCAAGUAGAAGAUUGGGAGAGCUGCGGUUCUAAGGAUACCCCAUGCCCGAUUACAUAUGCUACUGAAAGUAGCAAAGAUGCUUGUAAAUGGGCAUAUGAGGAUGCAUCUGAAGGUUCAGUACUUGAUGAUGAUUACUUCCUGUCACGUUAUCCUAUCGUCAAUUUGCGAUUAGCUCAAGGGGGAGUUCGAUUGGCUGCAACUCUAAAUCGUAUUUUUGACCCACAGUUGGCAAUGUCAAUGUGAUUUAGUGAAAUAAUUAUGAUUAUAAUAAGGCAAAAUUUACCAGACUCUCUUGAAGUCUGUUAAAAUAUGCCACUACAAUUCCUCUAGUUUUUCAAAGAGAAUAACCUACUCUUAACUUCAUUAUUGUUUCCCACCAUUCUGGAAAAAUUGGCGGGGGGUGGGCGUAGAAGUUUGCUACUACUUUGUAACUUUGCUAUUGCUGAUUCUGUGUUACUGUAUAAAAGAAUUGAAUUAACUUUCCAAUGUCAAUCUUGCCCUGUCGGCUGUA